AUAUGUGUAUAUAUAUUGAUAUGCUAUUUUAGCUAGGUGACCUCAAGAGCUCAUAAAACCAUGGAUUUAACUCUAUCAAGCCUUGUAGCCGCUUUCGCUACCACUUUUGUACUAGUCACCUUCCUAUACAAGCUCCUCCGUCACAAAGAAGUGAGCCCAAAAAUCCCUGAACCGGGCUUCGCAUGGCCUAUAAUCGGCCAUUUCCACCUCCUCGCGGGCAAUGAUCGGGUGCCCCACAAAGUAUUGGGCGACUUGGCAGACAAAUACGGGCCUUUGUUCCAAAUGAAGAUGGGCGCUCAUCAAGUGUUGGUGGUUAGCGACUCCCAAACCGCCAGACAAUGCCUCAACGCCAACGACAGAGCCCUCGCGGGCCGCCCAAAGGCCAUAGCUUCGGAGCACAUAGGCUACAACUACGCCAACUUCGGGCUGGGCUCAAACACUCCGUUCUGGCGCGACGUCCGCAAGGUGGUGGUGCUAGAGUUGCUUUCCAACCGCCGCGUGGAGGCGCUCAGGCGCUUUCGGGAAUCGGAAGCCAAAACAUUCGUCCAAGACAUCUACCGAACUUGGGCGAGGGACAAGAUUAAUGAAUCCAACGUUGUAAAGCUGGACAUGAAGGAGUGGUUUGGGAAAUUAAUCAUAGACUCCAUGUUACACCUGCUUUUUGGGCAUCGGUACGAGGAAGUAGGGGGCUGGGUAAAAGAGGUAUUCAGGAGAAACUUUGAACUGCUGGGGAUGUUUAUUGUGGGUGAUUACCUGCCAUGGUUAAGAUGGUUGGACAUAGGAGGAUAUGAGAAGGCCAUUAAGGAGAACACUAAAGAGAUGGACAGGGUAAUGGAAGAUUGGUUACAAGAACAUAAAAGGAAUAGAAAUUCGAAAUCAAAAGAGGAAGAAGACUUCAUGGAUGCAUUGCUUUCCCAAUUUGUUAGCAACACAGAUAUUCUGAAUGGUUUUGAUGCUGACACAGUUGUCAAAGCCACUUGCACGGCUAUAUUGGCAGCAAGCACGGAUACAACUUCAGCAACAUUAACAUGGGCAUUAUCUUUAAUAUUAAACAAUGAUAAUAUAUUAGAGAAGAUUCAAGGUGAGCUAGACAAUAAUGUUGGGAGAGAAAGACAUGUCAAUGAGUCUGACCUAAGCAAUUUGAUUUAUCUUCAAGCGGUCAUCAAGGAAACUUUACGUUUAUAUCCUCCGGGUCCUCUCUUAAUGCCACAUGAAUCUACAGAAGAUUGUAUGAUCAAUGACUAUCGCAUCAUGAAGGGUACACGCAUAUGGAUAAAUGCUUCAAAGAUUCAUCGUGAUUCAAGUUUUUGGUCAGACCCUAAUGCAUUUAAACCUGAGAGAUUUUUGACAAAGUAUAAGGAGAUUGAUUUUAGGGGUAAUAAUUUUGAACUAAUUCCAUUUAGUAGUGGAAGGAGAAUGUGCCCCGGGAUGUCUUUAGCACUACAGAGUGUGCAAUUGGGUUUGGCCAAUGUCAUUCAUGGCUUUGAUAUAAAAAGGGUUUCCGAUGAACUAAUUGAUAUGACGGAGGCUUUUGGCCUAUCAGUUAGCAAAGCAACUCCACUCCAAGUUCUCCUUACCCCACGCUUACCUUCUCAUCUUUACCUUUGAUUGCUUUUAUGGUUGAUGUAAUUUCAAAUUGUUUGAAAUAAAAGAGAUAUGUAUUUUAUCAUUUAUAAUUUUA